AUGAGAGCUUGCUUGCUUUUUAAAUAUUUAUUCCCAGAAUUAAUGCAACAGUACCUUCCUAUAGUAAUGCAAGCAGCGGUUAGUCUUUCGGUAGCCAGAGCGCAAAAGGGAAUAACCACAAACGAACGAUCAGUAGGUUUUGUGAGAGAAGGCACUAGGGCUACAAAAUCAAACGUCAAGCCUUACUCCAUCCUUAAAGCGGCGUCGGAUUGGACUAUAAUGAUGGACACGUAUGAAAAACAAUAUAAAAUCCCCGAGGAUAUUUGUGCGUCGGCCUCCAGACCGGAUAUAUUUUUGUUUUCGCGAAUUUUAAAGCGCGUAGUGAUGAUAGAGCUUACGGUCCCUUGGGAAACCAACAUCCCCAAAGACCAUACCAUCAAGGUCAACAAAUAUUACGAGCUCACAAACGAACUCACUCGAAAUAGGUUCGUAGUAGAUUUGUACGCGGUAGAGGUGGGAGCGAGAGGUAUAACAGCGAAAUCUCUCUAUAACCUACUAAAGGACUUGGGCUUGUCCAGAACUCACAUUAAUGCAUUCUUGGAACGUACAUCGAAGGCAGCCCUAGUAGGUUCUUUUCAAAUUUGGUUAGGUAGGGAGAGGAGCUUGGACAGUGGAGGUGAGAGUAUAACGCGCGUUAGUUAA